AUGAAGACCACUAACGAACCAAGACUUUUUUCCCAUUGAAAAAGGCAAAAAAAAAGAAAAAGUGGUAAAACAGAAGAGUGUGGGGAAAGGGAAAAUACGGGAGAAAAAAGGGAAGUGAGAUAAAUAAUCAUUUUGUCAUUGAGAAGGAAAAAAAGGUAAAUCGUUUGUUGAGUUAAAAGAACAUCUGACAGCAGAGAAAGUUAAGAAUAUAGGUCUUUGUGCGUGUUUUUCUUUCCGUGAUUGUGGAGCACGUGACCAAGUGUAACCGCUGAAAUUAGAAGCGACGUCAGAAAUAACAAAUAAGCUUUGCUAUGUUACAGCUCGGUUCUUUCUGUCAAUGAUGGUAUAUCAUAUUCUCAAGGGAGAUCCCCACUUUCAAUGUGAUCAACCCUGCAUGAUCCACUUGCAAGAGAAUAACAUAAGAUUCCUUCUUAGCCGUUAGAAAGAGGCCCAUAACUUCCUUGCCUUUUGUUUGGCUAUGUAUACAAGUAACUACAUUGCUUAUAUCUUUGGUAUCUAUUUUAUACACUCUUUAGUCUUUACCAAUCAACAAAGCCUCUCUUAUCUUUUUCACCAAAAAUGGCAACAUUCAUGCUGAAGUUGGUGCUUCCUCUACUUUUCCUGUUCAUGAUUCCUCCGAAAACAGCGUAUGCGGAGUUUGAGCAAUGGUGUGUAGCUGAUGAGCAGACCACGGAGUCUGAGUUGCAGGCAGCCUUGGAUUGGGCUUGUGGGAAAGGGGGUGCAGAUUGUAGCAAAAUUCAAGUAAACCAACCUUGCUAUUUACCAAACACAUUGAAAGACCAUGCUUCUUAUGCCUUCAACAGCUACUAUCAGAAGUUCAAGCACAGUGGAGGUUCUUGCUACUUCAGAGGAGCUGCCAUAACAACAGAAGUGGAUCCUAGUCAUGGUUCUUGUCACUAUGAUUUCAUUCCCUGAUGACAACCGUGAAUGAAGACUUAAAAUAACUGCAGCAAAAACUAGAGCUCGUGCCUUUGUGUGUUUGUGUCCCAAAUUCCCAAUCAAGCAAUUUUUUUGGGGCCUUUUUCUUGUAUUAUUGAUAGUGCUGAAAUCUUACAUUGCACUUGAUCUCGGUCAAAGGUUGGAAAGUCAUAAUAAAAUCUUGUCUAGCAAACUAACUUGUUAUCUUACAAAACUAAAUUAAGUUUUUCCUACAUUAAUGUACGUGUAGCACAAUUGAACUCAGUUUUUAACAAGGUAUUAUGUGUUUGUAUAA